GGACGGGCAACGCCGACGGCUUUGGUCGUCGCUUUGACGUCGACGAGGCGAGUCGAAAGCGACCUCGAAGCCGUUGCAGGCAGCUGCUGCGCCGUGUUUCCCCCCCGAAAUUGUUCUCGCAGUCGCGCGCCGACAUGCGUGGAUCCUCUCCACGUCCUCACGUGAAAAAAAGGCUGGUCCCCGGGCGACUGGCCGGGUGAAAUCCGAAAAACGAAAGGCUGGUUCCGAAACACGGAAGUGCGUGUGCGAAACGCGGCCGGAGGUUCCUCGCGCGAGGAAGGCGAGAGUUUCCAGCGGGGUGGAGCGGCGCCGUCGUCACGCUCGAACUGGGCGCUCCGAGACUACAAGAAGUCGGCAAGCGACGCGCACCGUCCCGACGUCGCUGACGGAAGCGAUGGUACCGAACUACGGCGCCGUGGUGCCCUGGUCAUUGCCGUGAAUCUUUUCACGACCACCCAAAGAAACGAGAAAUGUAAUUGUAUCUUUUUCUGUAGUCAUCGAAAAGUGAUACCUUAAUAGAAACGACCAAGAACAUUCGAAGAAGAAUCAUGUUACCCAUUGCGAUAAGCAAACCGGAGGAUAUGUGCGCGCAGUUGAUUGGGAAGUUUCGAGUAACUUGACCUGACACCGUGUCCUCCUGUACGGAUAGGUGCGAGUACGUCCGGUGAAAAAUCGAACGAAAAAGACAGAGUAGGAAGAGGGGGUAUCGAAUAGGAGAGGAAGGAGCUAGGGAUCUCGAAGUAGUUUGCCGGAGGAUCGUUAAGAGGAAGGAAGAUAAUUAAGAAUAGUAGAGAAGAGGGUGAGAGGUGGUGGUGGAUUGCGAGAGAGAGUGGGAGGAGGGCUCCGUCGUGUGAAACCCCAGCGUUGUCCCGCGGAUGAUUCCGGCACUGGUGCGUCGGUGGUGACGAAAGGGGCUGAUGUCAGUGCGACCACUCGGCGCCCGUUCCGUGGCUCGGAUGCGCGAACGCGACACCCGCAUCGCCGUCGUACCCGCGAGUAAAGCUCCCGAAGGAGGCGGAGACGAAGGCGGUAGCAGCGACAGCGGCAGCGGCAGCGGCAGCGGCAGCGGCAGUAGCAUCGGCGGCCGAUGAUCAACGGUGGUGUGAUGGUUAGCCGCGACACAGUGGUGACUGGUGACUGGCGUACGAUUAAACGCGAGCACGAUUGUUCGUCAGACGGUGCCGCCGUGCCGGUCGUCGGUCGGUCGUCGUCGGUCCUGGGGGCGCAGCUUCGGGAAUAAUGCGUGUUAGGCACGUUACACGGCGACGAGGACGACGGUACGACGCGAGGGACCCGAGCAGCGAGCCGCGGUCGCAGCUGCAGCUACGCAAUUAUGUACGCGUACGGUUUCGAGAUCACGUAGUGGCUGCCGUGUAAUUAUGUUGUCAUCGACGCGCGGCGCGCCCUGUGUAGCUUCACGGUGAAAUUCUGGCGUGAGCGGUGCCGCGGUGGAACGGGGAACAUGGCGUCGGUCUCAGCUGAGACUCCAGCCAGCCAUGGGCACAGCUUCAGCAAGAAGACGUUUCACAAGCCGACGUACUGCCAUAGCUGCACCGACAUGCUGUGGGGCCUCAUACAGCAGGGGUACAUCUGCGAAGUUUGCAACUUCGUGGUGCACGACCGCUGUCUCAAGGCCGUCGUCUCUCCCUGCUCCAGCAUCGCGGCAAGCCUCAUUAAGAACCCGGUUGCACACUGUUGGUCCGAACAGGAACAUCGUAGAAGAAAAUUCUGCAACGUCUGUCGUAAACGGCUCGAUGAUAGUUUAUCCAUGCACUGUGAAAUAUGCGAGUACUUCGUGCACGCGGAGUGUCAGGAUUUUGCCGUGGCAGACUGCAAAGAGAACGCCACGUACUUACCUGGGAAGGACUUGGCGCAGGUAAAACACACUCAUCACUGGCGAGAAGGCAAUCUUCCCAGCAGUUCGAAAUGUGCUGUCUGCAAGAAAACCUGUUUUUCUGCCGAGUGCCUUUCCGGGUUCCGUUGCGAGUGGUGCGGCAUGACGUUGCACUCUUACUGUUAUAAAAAUAUCCCGCAAGAAUGCACCUUUGGGAACUUGAAACGGAUCUACCUACCACCGCAUGCAGUCAGUAUUCCACGUACGGAGAUUCCUAUGGAGACGAUCAUCGGAGUACAAGUACGUCGAAACGAUGUCCUGGCGCGUGAGUAUUCCUGCCAUAACAUCGGAGAGCAAUUCGAUUUCGCUGAGAGUGAACAAAUUGGGGCUGCGGGCCGCCUAGCCGAAGCUUUGAGGCGCCUUUCACUAGUUUUGCCACGUAGCUGCCGUGGAAAUUGUCAUGCUUCCCCUCCUUAUGUUCAAGCGCGGAGCAUAUCGGAAGAGUUCAGCAGCGGAGACACGAGGUGCCGCGAUAACGGCGAACCAGGGCCGAGCGGUGUGCACAGUCGCGAUCCCCGUUCGCCGAAGGAGAAAGAAGACAAAGAUAGAGGUGACGAAGAGAUGAUCAAGGUCUACGACGGCAACAGUUCCUUCAGCCGGCGGAUACUUCGCGUGAUCUCGGUGCCCCGGCAAGCCACCACUGAACAGGUCUUGACAGCGGCGCUACGUGCAUUUCAUAUUACGAAAGAUCCCACCUUAUUCGAUUCAGACAACUUUUACCUCACCGACCUGUACGCCUCGGAUGAGACUGAGUUAUGCGAUCCGACGCCAGUUCCAAACCUGAAUCGCAAAGAGGGCAAACGUCCGGCUGUCUUCUUGCGAUUUAAGGAUCUCGAGGCUGGCGAAGUACGCGUCUAUCCGGGCAAAUUACAGGUAUCAGAGUCAUUCUGCAUAGUACCUGUCACUGUAAACACCACAGUUGCGGACCUGAUCGAAGAAGCGCUUCAGAAGUUCGGUUUAGAAAAUUUCAAAUCGGAAGAUUACAGAUGCAGUGAGAUUCUUUUGGAUCGCGGUGUCACUGAAAGAGUGUUGUCACGCGACGAAAAACCAUGGGAGAUUGUCAAGCAACUGGGAAAAGAUUCGAUCAGACAGAUGGAGUUGAUGCGGUUCUAUCUGCAGCUGAAGCAAGAUCCUCACGGACCUAAUCUAGCUUUAUUUGUGGGAAAUCUGCCAGUGAAUCAACCGGAAAGAAUUUACGAAAAUAUAUUGACUGAUCUCGUAGGCAGAGAAAACAAAUUCUCCUCAAUUGGUACGAUAUAUUACGAAUAUGGCUCGAUGGUAAUUAUCUACGAGGAUGCGAAUAAAGCAGUCAAAGCGUUGUACACGUUGGAGGAAUCUAAAUACGAAGACCGACAUCUCUUAGUAAUGCCGCUGCCUAGUAUCGAACCAACCAUGGUCCCAUCAGGAGUGCAGCCACUGCUCGUCUUCGUGAAUGUGAAAUCUGGUGGUUGCCAGGGACUUCAGUUGAUUUCCAGCUUUCGCAAACUUUUAAAUCCGUAUCAAGUGUUUGAUCUAGACAAUGGAGGGCCGCUUCCUGGACUUUACGUUUUCCGUCACAUAAGGGAUUACAAGAUCUUGGUUUGCGGCGGGGACGGAACAAUAGGUUGGGUGCUGCAAUGUUUGGACAAUGUGGGUCAGGACAGCGAGUGUUCCUCGCCUGCCUGCGCCAUUGUUCCUUUGGGAACAGGAAACGAUCUCGCGCGUGUCCUUUGCUGGGGUUCCGGUUACACCGGUGACGAGGAUCCCUUGAAUGUACUCCGAGAUGUUAUCGACGCGGAGGAAUCUCUGUUGGAUCGAUGGACCGUAGUUUUUCACACGGAAGAGAAAGAAGACAAACAGUUAAUCAACAUCCCUGGAGGAGCCGGUGCAACCAGCGAAGAUAACACGCAAAUAUAUGUGAUGAAUAAUUAUUUCGGUAUUGGCGUCGACGCGGAGCUGUGUUUGGCUUUCCACAAAGCCAGGGAGGAAAAUCCGGACAAGUUCAAGAGCAGAAUUCGUAAUAAAGGAAUGUACGUGACAAUGGGUUUACGACAGAUGGUCAAAAAAACAUCUUGUAAAGAUUUGCACACGAAGAUCCGGUUAGAAGUGGACGGAAGGCUUGUCGAGUUACCUCAAGUGGAAGGGAUAAUUAUUCUGAACAUUUUAAGUUGGGGCUCUGGGGCGAAUCCCUGGGGACCAGACACUAAGGUAGAUCAAUUUCACACGCCAAAUCAUUCGGACGGUAUGCUAGAAGUGGUUGGGGUCACAGGUGUGAUGCAUCUUGGGCAAAUCCAAUCCAGCCUUCGAGGAGGGAUGAGGAUAGCCCAGGGAGGACAUAUAAAGAUUCAUUUGCAGUCUGAUAUACCGGUACAAGUGGAUGGGGAGCCAUGGGUCCAGAGCGCAGGGAAUAUCGUAGUUUUAAAAUCAGCGUUGACGGUAAUCUUGGCAACCAUGUUGAAGAAAAAUAAGAUCAAGCGUCGGAAUACCGAACCGUCGAUUCCACCCGCUAACGGGGAGGAGGGCAAGAGCACGGACGAGUGUACCAACAAAACCUAACCCGCAGCUUGCAACUAGUCGAUGAUUUAAUUCGUGAUACAAGUUUACGACCAGUGCUCCGCCUAGACUCCCCGACUGUUGUCCUCCCAGAAUUCUGCAAACAAUAGAGGGGAGUUUCGGUGUGGCUACGCCAUGCGAAAUAUAGAACACGUACAUGUAUCUUCCUGUAUAGUUGAGAACUCCAUUCGAUGUUCCCGUCGCAUGUAGCCCUCUGUGCCACUAUUGUUGAUACAUUACUGGGGUGAUCGACGAAUUAUUGGGCGACUUCAGAUCUUUGUUUCUUCAGAGAAAUAUUGUGCAUCUAUAACAUUUUAUAAAGUUCAGUGCAUUGUGCGUUUAGGUAUACUUUGAUUUUUAGCUCAUGUGCAACCGGAUGUAUUCCAAUUUUCAGUUCCUUUUUCUGUUUAUGUUAUUUAUUAUCCUUGUCUACUGAUACGUUCUUUUUUAUAUGUACGUUUUAUUUAAAGAGUUUUAUGGAUCAUUGUUUGUAUUUCGAUGUGACAAAUGAGGAGUUUAGUUGAAGCAAACUUGGUUGAUGCUGAAGUUUGUCCGGAAAUUCAUUGAUUCCUCUGAAAAUCUUAAUGCUCAAGCUUGUCUUAAUGUAGCGUUGUGAAAAAUUCCAGGAUCAAUUAGUUCUUUUGAAUAUCGCGUGCAUGUUUUACAUGUGCGACGGUUUAAUUUAUGAAGAAAAGGAGAAUUUUACGAAACUGUACAAUACAAUUCAUACAGUACAAUAUUUACAGAUCCUUCAGAUUGAAAGUCACAACGACUAAAUUGAAUACUUAAACAUGACGAAUAAUUUUUUUAUACCAAAAUCUGUUGUUUUUCACAACACUCUACAUGAUCUAGUUGUUAUGCAUAUUUUUUCAAAUAGUAUUUUUUAGCUUAAUCGAUUAACAUUUGAAGAACAUUGUCAGUCGCCUAAUUCAAAGUUCAUUGCACAACAUAUUUGCUAUUCGAACAGUUCUUUUAUAUUCAAACUUAUCAAAGCAAUAACUAUUACAUUUUUAAAAAAUCAUUGUCAAUGCCAAUGAGAGCAACACUUUUUGUUUUAAACUGUCAUUGAAUAGCUUACAAAAUCUGUUAUUCCUUUCAAAACAAUAUUAAAAAUCUUCCCGACAAGAUGUCCUUCAAUCGUUAAUCGGUCUUGAGUUACCACCUCUUUUCGUUCACGAAUAUAUCUUCUUGUUAGUCUGUAAAAAUUCUGGCUGUUACGGAGUUGCGAGAUAUUGUUGUUUACUUGGUCUGAAUGGCAUUGACUUUUUUUUCUCAAUUGCUCCUUUAUGCGCCCCCUGUGACCCUGCCCCUUCCUAGGCGAAGAUGCUGAAGAAGACCAAGGGUAAAAUGAAACGGCGUAAUACAGAGUCCAGCAUGCAGCUGGCACUGCAGGCCGCGCCGUCGAACGAACCGGAGCCGGAGGUCUUCUGAGUGACCGAACGUUCCCCGUGCAGGCGGAACGAAAACGCGACGCGGCGAGAACGCUCGCAAAACCGGCGGCACAGCUCCGUCACACGCAGCAAACGAGAUCGGCUUCGAAAAUCGUCUGUCUGAACGCAGGAGAUGCAACCCGCCGAUACCAAACCACGUAUUAUAAACCGGCAGUGCCGCGACCCAACGAGACCAUCACCGGUGGCAACGAAACGCCACCAGAUAAAGGAACAAGACAACGGAAAAAGGAGAUGUACUAGGACAAUGCCAGGACAAUGAACCACGAAGAACCACGACACACGAAGAAAACGACGAGAAACACAAAACCUUCAAAGAAGAGAGAUCACAAGAUGCAAACGACAACCGAACAAAAUGAACGCUGAGUAUAAAAUAAGGGACACUUCGUUGACGAACUCAAAGUAAUCUUUAAAUGUCCUCCUUCCGAGUUGCCGGAUAAGAAAAAAAAGUAGAUCUCAUUUUUAAAUGUUAAUAACCAUUAUGUAGCGUUGUACGUAGCUUCGAUCAAUAUUUUUUUAGUAAAGACGAACAAGUGAAGGACGCCAAAGACAAGACGGGGGUUGAGAGAAAGAGAAAUAGGGAGUAUGAGCAAUCGUGAUACGAUCGAUAUCGACGGGGCGACAUUACCAGGGAUAGAGCAGUAUUGAGCGAACGUUUCCUCCUGUUUAUUCGCUUGACAGCCGUACUUUUUCGCAUUUAUUAUUUCUUUUCUAGUCCGUUUUACUUGCCACAUACACGCACACGUACACACACGCACACACACACACACACAGAGAGAACUUAUCUCCCGCCUGUCUCAUCCUUAAAUCCCCUGUUCCACCCUCUU